ACAACCUCCCUCUCAGCCUGCUAUCAGCUUGUGAGCAAUCAAACUGGGAGAGGCGCCGCCCAUGUAGGCAAUGUAAUGUUUUAGAGAAACUUCUCCGGUCUAUCAAAAAGGGUCAAAGUCUCGUCGAAACCCUGAGCAGGCAGCAGUUUGACUCCGGCUGCGGAUAUUUCACUGCGACAGGAUUUACAAAGUUUAUAAUUCAGCCCAAAUGGCCCCUGUGUCCAAGCACAGCAUUGUUAUAUUGUUGCCGUUCUUCCUAUCGCACCUCAGUGUCCUGGCAGAAGGAAGGGGAAGUGUGCUAAGCAGACACAAAAGAGAAUGGGUCAUUCCUCCUCCGAAACUGAAGGAAAAUGUUGAUUACACCACGAGGGACCAUAUUGCCAAAAUUCGUUCUGAUGUGGAGUACAAGGCAAAGGUGACCUAUUCACUACUAGGGCCUGGUGCUGACCAAGACCCUAUUGGUUUAUUUACUGUCAACGCUGAUUCAGGUCUGGUGAGAAUCAAUGGCAUUCUGGACAGAGAGACGACUCCCUUAUACAAAUUACUAGGUGUGGCAAAAUACAACAAUGGAAGCCGUGCUGAGAGGGACAUUGAGCUUCAAGUUAUCGUUUUGGAUGAGAACGACUGCCCACCGGUGUUUAAAAAAGGCCAAAUUGGAUCUGUGAAUGAAUCUAGUGCAGCAGGGACUUAUGUCAUGAAAGUGUUUGCCACUGAUGCCGAUGAACCUGGCACACCCCACUCUGAGAUCUACUACAGCAUUGUGGAGAAGACCGCCUCAGACAGGAUGUUCUCCAUCAACUCUCGCACUGGAGAGAUCACGGUCCGUCAGACCGGCCUAGACAGGGAGACACAACAGACCCAUCACUUGACCAUACAAGGCGCAGACAUGAAUGGACAGGGUGGAAAUACAGGAACGGGAGAAAUUGUGAUCAACCUCCUGGACAUAAACGACAACAUUCCCACACUGGAAAAUGAAGUGUAUGAAGGGAAAGUGGAGGAGAACACCAUCAAUGUGGAGGUGAUUAGGAUUAAAGCCGUUGACCUGGAUUUGAUGUACACAGACAACUGGCUGGCUGUUUUCCACAUUAUUUCAGGGAAUGAAGCAGGCUACUUCAGCAUCACUACUGACUCUAACACCAACGAGGGCAUUAUCAUGAUUCAUAAGCCCCUGGACUAUGAGGAACUAAAAGUGAUCAAUCUGAUGGUGACAGUUUCCAACAAAGCAGAGUACAACUUUGGUGCUGGGACUGUUGUUCCAGGGAUAGACAUAACCCAAAAGCCCUACCCUAUUAAAAUCAAUGUGAUCAACCAAAAGGAAGGCCCCCGCUUCCACCCAGCUGUCAAGGUGGUGACUAUCUCUGAGGACAAGAGCACAGUCUCCAUCAACAAGGUUAUCACCAACUAUGCUGCCAUUGAUAGUGACACCUUACAGAUUGCUACCAAUGUCAGGUAUGCCAAAAUACAUGAUGCUGACAACUGGUUGAUUAUUGAUGAAAAAACAGGAGAUAUCAAACUGAAUAAGCUUCCUGAUCGAGAGUCCAAGUUCUUGAUCAAUGGAACAUAUUUUGCCAAAAUUAUAUGCAUCACCAAUGAGUUACCCUCCAAAACUGCCACCGGGACCAUAGCCAUUCAGGUGGAGGACUUCAAUGACCACUGUCCGACACUGACCACAACAACUCAGACUAUGUGUGAUGGAGACAAUGUGGUGUAUGUCACAGCCAUAGAUCAAGAUGAGUUCCCCAAUUCAGCACCAUUUCAUUUCAGCGUGAUUAAUGAGAAAAGCGAUGGGAAAUGGACAGUGGAGCAUCUCAAUGACACCACAGCCAUUCUUCGAGAUCAUGCCAACUUGUGGCCGGGUACCUACAAAGUGGCUGUGGAGAUCAGGGACCAGCAAGGAAAGUCAUGCGCUAAUGUCCAGGAGAUGGAUGUAAUUGUGUGCACCUGUCAUGAAGAUACCAAAACCUGUGUGGCACGUAAGACAAGCAGUUCCAGUUUCGGAGCUUCAGGCAUCCUGCUGCUUCUCCUGGGGCUGCUGCUGCUUCUGUUGGUGCCACUCCUGCUGUUGUUCUGCCUGUGUGGAGGUGCAGCGGCUUUGGGAAACUUCAAGCCCAUUCCUUUUGAGGCCAAAGAACAGCUGAUUUCUUAUCACACCGAGGGACAGGGAGAAGACAAGGAAGUUCCUCUCCUACAAGCUCCAUUAGAAGUCAACCAUGGGAUAACCACAACUGUGGAUGUCAACAGCUACGGGGGGGCAGGGGUCCAUGGAGGACUUAUAGAGGGAGCAACAGCUCUUGGGGGUGCAGCAGUAGGUGGUGGUUUAACUUCUUCCGCCUUUCUGACAACAGAAAACAUGCACCUAUACAAACAUGGUGAGCAAAUGGAGGUGGAUGGCAUGGGCGGGGGGAUGAUGACAGGACGAGAUCAACACUUCUCCAGAUACAGAGCUGGGGUGCUUGAAGGCAUUGCCCUAACUGAUGAAUUCCUUGAGGAGUACUACUCAAGUAAAGCCAACCAUGCUGCAAUGCAGUCCCAGCAGAGGGAUGCUCUUCUGGUCUAUGACUACGAGGGUCAGGAGUCUCUGGCAGGCUCAGUCGGCUGCUGCAGCCUCCUGGAAAAUGAUGAUGACCUUGAGUUCCUCAAUGAUCUUGGACCAAAGUUCAGAACAUUGGCAGAGAUUUGCAGUGGGUCAGCUUUGGUCACCGAGUCUGUCAAUUUAGGGGCAUCUGUCCCUCCACCCAGACCCGUGUCUCCUGCCAAGCCCUCCACAUCCAGCCACACCCAUGUCCACACCCACACAGAAACGAUUAGGGACAGGGACCAUGUCAACAUCAACACCCUCAACACUUCCAAUGUAGCUUCUGGUUCCUCUACCAUCAUCCAGGAGAAGCGGUUCAGUGAGAGAGGCCAGGGAUCAGCCCCGAUUCCCAAGGUACAUGUCCAGGACAACAUUGUGAUUCCCAGUCAGACACUGCUCAUCCAACAGCCCACUAUGUAUUACGCUGCUACACCCAUGUAUGUAGUUGAGCCCAAGCCCCAGAUGGUCCUUGUUGGAGGCGCAACCCAGCAUGCAGUGGGUCAGGUGGGGCUCAGUCCAGGGCUGGUGCAGGUUGGAGGUAUCCAAGGUUCCCAGGGUCUGGUACUUGUAGAGGGGCAGGUGGGAGUGGGUGGAGUAGCAGGCCAGAUUGCUCCAGGCUUUUCACAAGGAAGCAUCUCCAGGUCCAAGCAGGUGUUGGUGGUAGAGAAUGGGUCAGCAUCCUCUGGUGUAGGGAGUGCUACAGGCUUAACACAGGCCAUUCUCCAGACAGGACAGAUGUCCUCAGAGCAGGGCUUGGAGGUUAGAGGUCAUGGUGCACAGAUGACAGGUCAAAGUGUUUCACUGGGUGCUAGCUCCCAGCGUGGUUCUGCAGGGUCAGAUGAUGACAUUCUCCUGACUGCCACACCCAUGGUAGAAGGCAGCCAAACGGUUGUUGUUCAACAUAAGAAGGUCUCAGUCACUGAGAGAAAUAUUGAAACAAGAGCAUGACACUAGAACACAGCCUCUUUUGGUUAGAAUGUGCUCAGACACCACACCCAUUGAAUGACUAAUCCAACAUUGUGUGUGCAAAGGAAAGCAUAGUUUUGACUUAACACUAUAUGAACUGCACACAGCUCAAAGUGCAAUAUGUCCUCCCCUAAUGCCGCUAUUUAUAGAUGCUGAGUUUGCAUAUGGUAGGCCAACUGAAUACAGGAUCAUCAUGACCUUAAAAGUUGUCUAAACAUUCCUUUCAAACUAUCUGUGGAGACACUAAUACAGUAAAAUGUCCCUGAAAUAGUUAGCAAAAUGCUUCUUAAUGUCACAGAUUUGUAAUUUCUAAGUAGAAUACACCUGUAAACUAUUUUUUUGAAUUCUCACUUGGUUAUGAGAUGUUCAAUAAAAUACAUGGAAAUUGGUGAGAUAUUUUUCUAGUUCCUUCUAGUGUGUUCCUAAAUUUUACAGACUGAUAAAAAAAAAAAUAAAUAAAUAAAAAACUUUUAGAAUGUACUACAUGUAAAGCUCAUGUUUUGCUGUCACUUUACAUUUUCAUUUACAUCUUUUAUUUCCAAAAAAUCUGAUUUUUUUUAUUCCAAAAAUCAGACUAACUGUAAGACUUAUAUAAUCUUUGUAAAACCAGAUAAAAAAUAUUGUCAUCCUGGCAUUGUGAUGGAAAUUUGGAGUGCAGUGGACAUUAGGGCUUGAUGCAUUGUAGCCCCAAUAUGCAUAAAGGGAAUGUAAAAAGAUGGAGAGGCAAUAUAAGUAAAACAAACAUUUAUAGGCAGUAGUUAGGAAUUGCAACGAUGUUGUCUGGGUUGGGUCUGCUUCUACACAAGUUGAUGACAUAGCCCUCAAACCAUUACAGUGGCCUGUAAUUAACACAGAUUUUUUUCAUAGUAGAAACGACCAAGCUAGUUCAUCAGAACAGAGAUCAGAUUUUAAAAUAUAUGUUUAAAUGACAAGCAUAACCACAGUCACACUGGAAUCAGAUGGAAGAAUCUCAGGCAAUAAUUUGGAGAGUACAAAAAAAUCCAGUCCAGUAAACACCAACAAAGCCAGUUCAUAUUAUUACAUGUAUGGACCCGGACUUUAAACACAAAGAUUCAGUAUUCUGAACACACUGUAUUAUAAAUGUUGUGGGGAAGUUACUUGUGGUGCAUUGUGUAAAAUGGAGAUGAAUAGCUUUAAUCUUGUUGUCUUUAAUCUUGUCUUAAAUUGUACUGCUGACCUCUGGAUUAUCUGGAGGGAAAAUGUUGGCUGAACUGACAUUUGUUUAUGGACGGGUGUUGCUUGUGUGACAAUUGUGGGCCACACAGAUGCUGUGUGUGUAUAUUCCUGUAUGUUGUUGUUUGUAUGAGUUUCAUAAAUUGUGUUAUCACAAGGCCCAGUGUUGACUCUAAAAGAUUCCCAAAGCUCUUUGUACCAAAGCUAGAUUAUUGGGGUAUGGUAUAUGUGGGUAUUUGGCUGGUUUAAUAAAAGAUUGACUUGCCAAGCACUGAUAAUACUUUGUAGAGAGACAUUGCUUGACAUUGCUGUUUUUACUAUUUUUUUAAAUUAAUCCUCAGCAGUCUAAUAUGUGUAUAUAGCAUGUAUGACUUUAGAUGUGGCUUGCCAAUCAAGAUUUUUUUUCAACUGAUUUUCAGAUUUUGCACUUUUUGUCAUAAUAAAGUUGAAUGGUUGACAACC